GUAUUCGAAUCCGAAAAAUCGAAUAUGCACAAUCAACUACUGAAACAGAUCCAGGAUGGUGUAAAGCUCAAGAGUGUAAGGACGAACGACCGUUCUAAGCCGAUACUGGAAGGACUGGGGAAGUUUCGACGACAAAUGACCAUCGAGGAGCAGAUUCAAAAAACCGAGAAAACGCCCGUAGACGAUGCUAUUCAGGACAAGAUGGAUGACAUCGAUGCCGUUAGGGAUGAUUUGCAAAGCACUAAGCAGAUGCUCGCAAUGGAACUUAGGAAUAAAGAAGUCUUGGAACGAGACAAUAAGCGAUUGCAGGCAAGAAUUUUGAAUCUUGAGGCAGAAGUGGAACAUAUGAAGCUACAAAAGAAUGCACAGGAAAACAAGCAACAGGAUGAGAAACUCACGGAAUCCUUGAGACAGGAAGUGCAACAAGCGAGAAAGGACGCAGAAAAAGCGGAGAAAGGUUUCGCCACCGCCGCCGAGGAAAGAGACAAGGCUAGAAACGUGUUGGAAGAAAUGAGAAGAAUGUAUGCGACGCUAGAAAAACGUAUGAAGGCUGGAAUGGCACUGGCUGGUUGUCCAAGCGCGAAAGACGUAGCAGGAUCGCGUCGCAAAAGAGUGUAGACAAACAAGAUGUUUGCAGCACGAGCGAGGAGGAAGAGGAGAGCACGGAAGAAGAAGAGGAAGACGAGGAUCCUAAAGCCGGAGCGGAAAAACGCGCGCAGAGGGAGAUCAAGCUUCUCAUUUCGAAAAUUAAGAAUUUCAAGGACAAGGCUGUGAACGCCAGAAAAGAGAGGCA